UACCGCUAGCUCACUUGGUAUAGUAGAAUGGCACAGCGAGGCAAACGAAUAAAUAGAAACGACAAUGAUUUGGCGUCUUGCCCAGGCGCAAUCAAAAGGCGCAAAUGUAGGCUGGUCCCAGCGUCGGGUUCGUCGUCGCUGGCAGCUACCAUGGGGCCCUCAGAAGAGGAGGAGACGAUGGCGUCGUCCAGUCAAGGAGGGGCAUCCUGGACCCCCAGACCACUCUGUGACAUUAAAAUCUCUAGUAUAUAUAAUCGCUCCUCUGCUGAGGCUCCUGCAGAAUUAUUUCGUAAGGAUUUGAUUAGCGCAAUGAAAUUACCUGACAGUGAGCCACUAAGUCCCAAUGAAUAUUGGGUUAUUACUGAUCAAUGGAAGCAAGAAUGGGAGAGAGGUGUUCAAGUACCUGUCAACCCAGACUCCCUUCCAGAACCAACAGUCACUAUCACACAAGCUACACCUAUAAAGCAGCACAGUGAAUUUAAAUUACCUAAAAAGUUCGUAAGGAUAUCUCGUGAUGAUUAUUUCAACCCUGAAGAUCAUCAUUUAAGCACAACUCCAGCACGAGCAGAAAAGGCUUGUGCCUAUGACCUUGAUGAUACUGAUAUUGCUUGGUUGGAUGUAUUAAACGGUGAACGUGCACAGGCUGGACAAUUGCCUAUUACGGAAUCACAAUUGGAACGUGUGAUAGAAGAACUGGAAGUUCGUUGUUGGGAAAGAAUACAAACUAUAGUCAAGAAUGAGGAAGGUCUUGGUAUUGAGUAUGAUGAAAAUGUGAUUUGCGAUGUUUGCAGAUCUCCUGAUUCUGAGGAAGGAAAUGAAAUGGUAUUUUGUGACUGCUGCAAUAUAUGUGUACAUCAAGCAUGUUAUGGAAUUACUUCAAUACCAGAUGGUUCAUGGCUAUGCAGAACUUGUUCUCUAAGUCAACGACCAGAUUGUGUUCUUUGUCCUAACAAAGGUGGUGCUAUGAAGUGUACUCGUAGUGGCCAAAAAUGGGCUCAUGUUUCUUGUGCUUUAUGGAUCCCAGAAGUCAGUAUUGGUUGUGUCGAAAGAAUGGAGCCUAUUACUAAAAUAUCCAGCAUUCCGCAAAGUCGAUGGGCCUUAAUAUGUGUAUUGUGUCGAGAGAGGGUCGGUGCUUGCAUCCAGUGCAGUAUAAAGACGUGUAAGACAGCGUAUCACGUAACGUGUGCCUUCAAAUAUGGCUUAGAAAUGAAGGCAAUCAUUGAAGAUGAAAUGGCAGAUGAUGGAGUAAAAUUAAGGUCUUACUGCCAGAAACAUAGUAGAACAAAUACGAAAGAUAAAGUUCAAGGUACUGGAAGCACUAUAGGAAGUGGAGUUGAUAAGGCGGGAUCAGAUUCCGAAGAUGCGGAGUCUAGAAGACGUAAGAGAAAAGACAUGACUUCUGAAGAGAAAAAUCAAGCACGUGCUGCAAAACUACAGGAAAUCGAAGCAGAAUUUGACAAACACGUGAGUUUAAAGGAUAUCGCUUCGCAGCAGUUAGAUGUCGAUCCUGAUGGCAUUGUUUAUAUUUAUAAUUAUUGGAAGCUCAAAAGAAGGGCCGGUCAUAACAAACCGCUUUUGGCACCACGUUGUGGAGAACUUUCUGGUAGUGGAUCGCGUAAUCAAGGACAAGCAGCAGAUCUUGAAAAGAUGAGGACAUUUGUGCAAUUACGCCAAGAUCUGGAAAGAGUUCGAAACCUAUGUUACAUGGUUGGCAGAAGAGAAAAACUCUGUCGAACCUUCCUCAGAUUACGAGAGCAGACUUUCCACAAGCAAGCUUUACUAAUGUCUGGUCCACCUUUACCACCGUCAGCAGCCGCUGCUGUAAUGGAAGCAAAUCAUGGACCUUCGAUAUACGACCGAUUAUAUUCCCACCCUGACUCGGAGGAUCACACUCACGACUUUGACACAAUUAUUGCCAGAAUCGCUGGUAUAGACUCUCCGACUAGUGAAGAGAAGAAGACUCAGCAGCAGCAACAACAGCAGCAACAACAACAACAAGAUUUUAAUGGUGCCUCUAGUAAAAAGUUAUACUUUAAUGGCUCUGUCCGAAGAAAGACUCUUUAUGGCAGUGAUUUAUCAUCUGUCAGUAGUAGUGAAACGGAUGCGGCUAAGGUGAAGACAACCGAAAAAUCGAAAACUGAGUCGAGUACGGAAGAAGAAACUAACGUUUCGACGAAAACUAAACUAUCGCGAAGAAAAACGAAAAAGACUGUUCAAUCGGCUGAUAAAUUACAUUCGGCGCUUAGAGAUAACAGUGAAAAUGAAAAGCUUGUGAAUAGUAGAUCGCAUACGCUCGAACAUAUGGAGAAAGAAUUAGGAAGUGCUUCUGGUAGUGAAAGCGACGAACUGUUAAUGUUAAGCGGUGGCGCAACGAAGCAUUUUACCGCUUCCACUAUUUAUUCAGAUACUGACUCUGACUCCCAAGAACAUGCAUCUCAUUCUGCGGUUUUAAUCACAAAAGCAGCAGUGAAAGAGUUUUCCGCAGCAAAUUUGUCAAAAAAUUCACAAAAAAGUUUUGGCAAAGAUCCCAGACAUGUCGAAUCAACGUAUCAUAAUACAGGAUCGAAGAAUAAAGAGAAUCAAAAUAAAGCUGGCUCUAAAAAGAAAGAAUAUAUACCUUCCGCAUUAAUCGUUCCACAGAGACAAGCUGCGAAGAAAGCUUCGGAAAUCAUGCAACGCACACAGCAAGGCAAAAAAGACAAUUCGGUGCCUGAAUCUACUCCAGAAGUAAUUAAGUCUCCUGUCGAGGAAUUUCCGAAAUGUUCCUCGUCGAAGCAAUCAAAAGACAAAACUCCUAAUAAAAAACAGAGAGAAAACAAACAGUCGAAAGAAACUAAAAAUAACGAUGUAUAUGAUUUCGAUAAAGAAGAUGGAACGGAGAUUUUGGCGUAUGUGCCGCAAAGACAAGCUGCCAAGAAGGCCGCCGAACACAUCAAAAGUGGCAUGGGUACUAAGACUACGCAGCAAAUCGAACAGGAGACGCUUGACGGAAGAUCGAAAAAGGAAUCUCCAGAAGCAGGAAAAAGGAAGGAAAUUAAAAAGGACGAUUCUUCCAGAAAAGAAGAACUUCCUUCGCGAAAAGAAGAAACAUCCUCAUCAUCUUCAUCGUCGUCAUCUUCCUCAUCCUCUUCGUCAUCUUCAUCCUCUUCUUCAUCUUCUUCUUCCUCAUCCUCUAGAAAAGAGGAAGUUUCAUCCAGAAAGGACGAAUUGAUUUCUAAGAAAGAAGAAUCGUCCUCCAGGAAAGAGGAAAUCAUCUCAAAGGAGAGUCGCCCGAGAAGACCUAGAAAACCGAGCGACCAAAAGUCGUCGGUGCUUUCAAGCAACAGCGAUAGCAGCAGUAGUAGUAAUAGUUGUAGUAGUUCCUCAGAAAGUAGCAGUGAUUCCGAAAAUCCAGAACGUAGGAAAUUCUCAGAUGAAUUGGUGGACGGUUCUUCUUGUUCUACUUCCUCUGAAAGUGAUACUGGUAACAAAACGAAAAGUAAACCGGUUACAAUUUCAAGCACAGCAAAUAGAAGGCAACAGUCUAAUAAAACGUCACCAGAACGACAGGAUGCUGAAAGAAAACAAAUUUCAGGGCGGAAACUCAAGAAGCUGCCCGAGAAGAAGCUUAAAACUUCCGACGGGCGGCGGGGACCUGAGUUUCAGCCGCCUACUGAGAGAGAGGAAUCUCGUAGAACCCCUAAAGAACAACAACAGCCACAGACACAACAACAAGAAGCAACUGUCAAGAAGCAGGAUCAAAGAGACAACAAACAAAAGCAACCAGCAACAGCGGGAGCCACAACAACAGGAACAGAGACUAAUGAGGAUCUGCUCAUUGGGUCUGGAGAUCAUGAUGGGGCAAGAAGUGUUCCUGGGUCCAGACCUCCCAAAAAGUCGGGUCAAGCUAGUAAGCAGCAGUCCUUGUCAAGGAAAGAAGAUAAGAAGACCAAGUCCGAAGGCAGAAAGCGAAAACCGAACGAGUCUGUCGCAAAGGAUGAAAAGAGUGGGAAAGAAACGAUCAAGAAAUCGGAGAAACGGUUAACCGACAAGCAACCUGUCAAGAUAGUAGAAAAUAAAAACGAAGAGGAGAGUAGAAAAGACGAACCAAAGAUUGUUGAUCAAGGAAAAACUAACGAAUGCAUGGACAAUUCUUCAAAGAACGAAGAGAAGAAAGUUAAAAAGAUUGGAGGCAAGGACGCGAUCAAUAUUUUGGAAGAAGAAAUGAAACAGCGUAGAGCGGAAAGGGAUAGUCCGAAAAAAUCAUUGAGGGGAUUAGAUAAAUUGUUGGAGAAACGUGAACAUCACGACAAAAUGUCUAAGAGUAAAAAUUCGGAGGUGAAAGUUGAGAAAGUUGCUUGUGACGAGGAAAAUGAAGAGAAGGGAUCCGUGGAAGAAAGUCAACAAAUGAAAGAAGCUGUGAAAAACGAAGAUCGUAAAAACCAUAUUAACGAGAGCGAUAUUAUUAUUGAGAAACCAAAAUCGGAAGAACAAGUGGAGGAAGAGAUAAUAAAGAAGGAUAUUUCCGAGGUACCAGAAAUCGAGAAAGUUAUAGCUGGAAAGAAGAAAACGGAUCGGAAUCAAACGAAGAACCUGGAGGAAAUUGUCGAACAACGAAGUGUUGAACCACCGCAAAAUAUCGAACCUCAGCCCGUUCCCGUGGAAGACAAUGUGCAGAAAGAAAGCAGCAAAGAUGACAACGUCAAAUCUGUUUUGGAAAGAGUUGAAAAUUCUGAAAAAGACCAUCAAAAACGACGAAAAUCUGCAAAUAGAUCAAUUUUCUCGCCACAACAUGGUAAAGAUGCGAGUGUUUCGGAAUUGUUUGAUUUUGACCAGGAUAUGUUAACAGAAGAAAUAGUGAACGAAGAUGGAUUUGGUAUAUCAAGAGAUGCGGAAGAGCGGGGUGUACCAUUAAGUUUCUCGUUCAAUAAUGAGUUGUGGUUCAAGGAAGAUUCGAAAGAAGAUAGCGCGAGGGAAACAUUGCAUCUUGUUGAGAAAUUGCGUAUGGAACUCUCGAAGAAAUCAAAUUCUAGUCAGUUCGAAUUAGAGGCAGUACCUGUGGAUGGCGAAAUCAAAAAGGAGGAACCACCAAUAGAAAAAACGUACGAGCAACAACAACAACCACCGCAGCAACUACAACCGCAACAACCACAACAAUCCCCGCAACUUCAGCAGCAGCAACAGCAACUUGCUCAAACUCAAGCAGAAAAAGAGACAAAGAUGCUCGAGCCUAUUGCAGAACCAGUCCUAAACGUAAAAAAUGUUGAAAUUUCCGAAGAAGAGGUAGCUAUUAAUGAAACCCGUCCUAGCACUUAUAAUAAGAGUACGGUAGAGGAAAAGAGAAAAACAUGCUACUCGAGCGGUAACGAUAGGUAUGCGGCCUAUGAAGAGGAUCGUGAGGCGAACAAAGUAAGUUUAGUGGAACGAUCAAAACUCGAUCGAGCGGAGACUGACGAGAGAUGGGUUCCACCAAGCAUCAAUAGUUUUGAACUGAGUGAUGUGCAACAUUUGAAUGCUUUGAUGGAGACGCAAAAUCGUCGAUACAGCAAUCAUUUUUCUAAUGAAACUAUUCCAGAGAACGAUUCUAUCGCGCGUACUCAUUUGACCGCACCGAGUAUCCAGGAACAGUAUCUUUUGCAGCAAUCACAUUCGAUUCUACAUAGUCAGCAAGAGCCACACGAAAGGACGAUACUCGAUCAACAGAUACCUGAAGAAAGUCCUAUGGAAAUAAUGAGCAGACAUUUGAUCAGUUUGCCAGCAUCAGAAGAGGAUCAGGCUGCUGAAAUGAUGGACAGGGUGCUCGAUAAAGAGGACGACGUUGUCAGACAGCAGGAGUACGAUCAAAAUUCACCGUACAAUGAUAUAAACGGUCGUCCAGACACCAGGUGGGCGGAAAGUCAAGUUUUGCCUUCCCGAAGAUCUACAUCAUCUUCGAUUACUUCCGCCUCUUCCGCGGAGGAUCAUUCCAUUCCACCUUACAAGAACGUACCGAGCAUUCCGUUUCCACCAUGUUCCAUGGAAACAACAUACUACGCGGAUUCGAGUUACGGUACCGGUCCAGUCAGCCUAUUUCCGCCACAGUCCUGUGCAGCACCUUUACCUUACCCUUCUCCUGGACCAGCUCUUUUUCCGCCAGCAUUUGGAGCUGCGUUUCCAGGAGCUCAAUCGUUAUUGCCACACGUGAAACCGCUAGAAGAUUCGCUUAAUCUACAAGCUUCGCCAUGUACCGCAGCAUUCACGUCUUCCUCGCACAACAUGGCGCUUACCGCAGCCAUGGUCUCGCCUACUAAGAUAGUCACACCACCUCCACCACCACCGCCACCACCUCCACAAGUCACCGUUCCACCUGCAGAACCUAUAGAGAGGACGCAACAACAAUUACAAACGCAAGUAACCGCUUCACCUUCGUUGCCAAUAAACUUCUUAAACACCGUAGCACCAGAGAGUCAUGCCAGCGACACCGUUGUCGAGAGCCUUCAAGAAGCCCUAACGGACAGCAAGAGCCAACAUUCUGGGAAAAAGUCACCUUCCAAACCUACCAGGACAUCUGCUCGUGUAACGUCUUUGCAAGGGAAGUCUCCGGGAAAAUCUCCAAGACAGGAAACGCAGAAAAACGUUCCUGGAGCGCGAGGUCGUGGCAGAGGUGCCAAAAAUUCGGCGCAACACUCCGGUUAUAGGGGGCGUGGACGCGGAAGAGGCAGAGGUCGAGGUAGAAGCGGACAAAAUUCAGGACUCUCUCUGGUCUCCGGCGCGGGUAUUGGCCAACACGAUGACUCCAUUCAGAACAAACUAGUCGGCACAGUUUACGACUUCGAUUCCGACGAAGACUCAACUAGUGAGGCGAAUAUUGCCGAUUUACGCACUAUGAGAGAGCGAAAGAAGUCGACUGAUGCCGCGACGGCUGGAGUCGAAAGGAGAGAUUCCACGGUCAUGGCUUCCGGAGAAAGCGUUCAGUCAAGACUCUCCAGCCCUGGAGGUAGCAGGAAGUAUCUGGAAGACAGACGACUCUCUUGCUCUCCAAGUCAUGAUGAUUCUGUUGUCGUGGAAAGUCAGUCAAACGCUGGACAGAGCUUCGAUACCGUCCUACCACUUAUUCCAGGCCCUGUCGAUAUGAGAACAUACAAUUCCACUCUUGAUGCUUCAAGUUCUUCUACCUUGCAUGGUCAGACGUACGAGAAUCAUUUCCUGGGUACGUUUACGAGUGUUUCAGCUAAUGAUCCUGCCCUCCCGGAUAUCGAAGAAGACCUCGAGAAAGAAUUCGGACCCGCGCUGAUCAAGCAAGGUCAAGAAGACUGUUCAAAGCCGAAUUUUGAUGCGAGUAUCGAUGCCUCAUCUUCUGGCUUUGUUGACGCCAAUAAAGUCUCCUUGACGGAUUCGAGAAACCAGCUGAAGGUUAAGAUCAAAGGUCCUUUCCUGGAUGCUAAUUACGUUGCUACCUCGUCGGUACCACCGCUUGCACAGCAGGCGCCCGUGAUAAUCACACCAGCCGCUACCAGUGCUUCCAUCGCUUCCGGAACCUCAAACCUUAGACGAAUGCGAAAGAAGGAAUUGCUCCGGCAGUACUGUUCUCAGGAUAUGAAUAUGGACGAGCCAGGCUGUGGAAACCUAGCUACGUCAGCACCAAUCAUCAUGCCACAGAUCAAUCGCACAGUGAUAACAAUACCGAAAGCGGUUGCCUCGAUGACCAGUAUACCCACGAGGGAAGACUACAAGGCAGUCGUCGAUGCGAACAUGGAGAAGAAACGAAGAAAAGAAAGAUCUGCCGGAUUCUUGGAUACUAACGAGGAAGAGGGAAGCGUCGAGAGAAGGCGGGGCAGCGCUACUAACGGUGCUAGUUCCAGUGGUAACGCUCCAGUCGGAAACACGGAUCGUAGGAGAGGCAGGCAGAGUAGUGGCGGUAGAUCGACGACUACGACCACCACGACCACUACUACGAACAGUGGUCCGCCGAAGUUGAAGAUCAAGAUCGGUAACAGCAUAAUUGGUGGCCAAGAAAGUGGCCAGGAUGACAGAACGAGGAUCAGACCGCCGAAAAAGCGGUUGUGCAGUAUUCCUAGUAGUACACCGAGCAUCGAGGAGUUAAAGAGAGAGAGUAUGAAAUUCAGGCGUAUGAUCAUGGCCGGUUUCGAUAACGAUGAGAAAUUAAGAGGGAAAAGUAAAAAGGAUAGAAAUAGUAAACGAAAGAAACGACAGUCGAGUAGAAAGGAAGCUAGGGUACGUAUCCUCGAGGGUGGAACCGCUCCUCCGAAAUUAAUAAUAAGACUCGGCAAAGGUAAUGAUUCUCCAUACGAAUUACCGAUUUUGCUCACGGAUGAGGAAGAAGAGGACGAAGAGGAACGACAUCCGACUGAUAGUAGAGUAGGUCCCCCACCUCCGGAACCGGUCAAAGACGAGCCUGUUUACCCAUCGGUAGCUGCUAACAUCGAAGAGAAACAACCUACCGACCCAGAUACUGGUGGUAGUGCACCCAGAAACGUUCGUUCGGCGAAAGUCACUCCGAUUAGGUUAAAAUUGACACGUUGUCAAGAGGGCUACGAGUUGAAGGGCCCACCAGUCCACGGUGAGGAGUCCAGUUUAACGAGGGAGAAACCGGGAAGUCUUGAAGUUUCGAACGAGACGAGAAAUCCACCGAUCAAGGGCCAAGACGAGGAGGAAUCUUCCAGAGAGGAGGAAGAAGAAGAAGAGGAGGAGAACAAUAGUUCCGUGCAGAGGGACUCCUCCACGUGUCCUGCCGCGACAAGUAUACCGCAGGGAUGCCAAGUUAGGUGAUAAUUAAUGAUACUCGUGGAGUAAUGAAGCAGAGGACAAGAACACAUACACACGGUGCUUGUAUGAUUUUUACGAUCGAUAAAGAAAACGGACUCGAUACACGCUUGCGGUGAAAGCAUGUUGCCGUAAUAAGGUGAAAAACUGUUCCUCCAAGUGAUACGGUCGAAGAAGAUCGAGGUAUUGCAUAUUCUUACAAGACAAUUUUUUAUCAUAUUUGUUGCAGCGUAUCGUUGGCUUAGUGGAAAGAUCUAAGAAAGAGACAGACAACACUGAUGUCGUCGUAGGCUUCAAAACUUCAAGUUUUUGGUAUUUGCUUUAAAUCAGGUCAAAUAUUUUACUAAUAUUAUUAAAUUGAAUAAUACUACUUCGAUAAAUAGAUCGAUAUUAAUAAUCAAAUCGUUAGUGAUCAAAUAUUUUUUGUUUUGCAGAUAGAUCCGUUUAGGUUCAAGAUUUUCAAUAGGAGUUGUACAUAUAAUUGAUAAAGUACGGAGUAUGAAUUUUAUCAACUGUUUUCACUAAGCCUAUGAUACGAUAGUUCUUGAUACAACAUUUUUUACAAAAUUGUAUGUAAGAAUUACUUGCAUUAGUCUGUUGAUGAUAUUUAUAGAUCAUGUUUUUUAUUUUAUUAUUAUUAUAUUUUAUUAUUAUUAAUAUUAAUAUUAUUAUUAUUAAUCAAUAUCAUUAUCUUAUGUAUAUACGAUGAUUAUUCUUUGUUCAUAUUAAUGAAUUUCUUUUAUAAAUUUCACCUUCUUACGGCAACAGAAUCACGAAACAAAAACGCUCAUUUCGGCGAGAGGAACAAGGUGGUCGCGCGACUUCUAAGAUAUACUCGUUCUGGACUCGCUUCAACGGACGUUCUCCUACGUUAAAUGAGAAGAAUUUAUACUCCUCGAGAAAAAACAAAAAUAAUCCGGUUUUAUUCUUAAACAAUACUCGAGAGAUGAAAACGGGCGUGCCAUUUCGCGGCGGCGACCAGAUGUCUGUUUUUCCUUGAUGAAAGAGAAAGCAGAUUGAAGAAACAGUCGAGGUUGUUGACGAAGGUCUCCAUGGAAUCUACUGUGAAUUCAACGGACUGAUGUUGUAAAGAAGAAAAAACAUUUUUUGUCUUGUCUACACGAAUUCUCCUGUGUAUGUGUGUAUGUCUGAAUUAUGCGUGUGUAUUGUAUGUGUACAGAGAACUUGAAAAAAAAAAAAUAGGAA